AUGAAUGAAGCUCGGAGCCGCCAGCCUGUAUUUAUAUGCCUGGGGCCCGGCCCCCUUGUUGACGUCACCCGUCCCUCACUCGGCAAACUUCUCGAUAUCUCCGGCCCUUGUGAACCCAGCCCCGCACCGUCCGGCAAGAGCUUCACUUUUCCCGGAUGGACAAAGAGUGUGUAUCUUGGACCCUGCUGCCCCCAGAGGUGCGGCGUUUGGGAGAUCCUCCUUUUUGCUGCGUAUCCAACCACAGUGCCUCGUGGAAACCUGGGACGUCCCAGCAGAAGAGGUGCCCGGGAUGGCGCGGGGUCGAGUCCAGCGCCUCCACUGUCUCCCAUCCGGGGGCCGCCGCUCCGGGCCGGGCCCCAGAAGGAGCUUGCGAUGGACGAAGAGGGAGUACACAAGCCCGCUGGCCCACCCACAAGGAAGAAAUUCCUCAUUCCUAUGGAGGAGGAUGUGGUCCCUCCUCCUGGGGCCAAGCCUUUAUUCAGAUCUACACGGAGCCUGCCCACCGUGGAGACCUCACCCCCGCCAGGCCCUCAGACCUACGCUGAGUAUGCCCUCUCUGGACCUCCAGGCAGGGCUGAAGCCACACGCCCAGUGGGGCCAGAACCCCUGGCAGGAGAGACCCCCAACCAGGCCCCCAAACCAGGAGCAAAAUCCAAUAGCAUCAUUGUGAGCCCCCGGCAGAGGGGCAACCCUGUGCUGAGGUUCGUGCGCAACGUGCCCUGGGAGUUUGGGGAUGUGCUCCCCGACUACGUGCUGGGCCAGAGUACCUGUGCCCUCUUCCUCAGCCUCCGCUACCACAACCUCCACCCAGACUACAUCCACCAGCGGCUGCAGAGCCUGGGGAAGAGCUACGCCCUGCGGGUCCUGCUCAUCCAGGUGGACGUGAAAGAUCCUCAGCAGGCCCUCAAGGAGCUGGCUAAGAUGUGCAUCCUGGCCGACUGCACCCUGAUCCUUGCCUGGAGCCCCGAGGAGGCCGGGCGGUACCUGGAGACGUACAAGGCCUACGAGCAGAAGCCAGCCGAUCUCCUGAUGGAGAAGCUGGAGCAGGACUUCGUUUCCCGGGUGACUGAAUGUCUGACCACCGUCAAGUCAGUCAACAAAACGGACAGUCAGACCCUCCUGACCACUUUUGGGUCUCUGGAACAGCUUAUAGCUGCAUCCCGGGAAGAUCUGUCCUUGUGCCCAGGUCUGGGACCCCAGAAGGCCCGAAGGCUGUUUGAUGUCUUCCACGAGCCCUUCUUGAAAGUGCCCCACUGACCCCAGAUGCCAAGGAGGUCUUCGGUGUAAUAAUAAAGCACUUUUUUCUGGCCCA